AUGGCCGAACGCAAGACUAUCCAGAAGUACUAUCCUGCCGACUUUGACCCAGCAAAGCUAGUGCGCUCAAAGAAAUCCUCAACUCCCACGCGCACCGUCGUAAACUUCGCCUGCCCCUUCCGCAGCAUGCGCUGCCUCUCCUGCGGCCACUACACCACUCGCGGCAAAGUCUUCCGCAACAGCCCAAAACACAUCGCACCAGAAACAUACCUCGGCGUAAAGAUCGUAACGCUGCAUUGUAAAUGCCCUGGCUGCAGUGCGGGAAUCGUUAUCGAGACUGAUCCUAAGAAUAUGGAUUAUAGGAUUGUGAGUGGGGCGGUUAGGGGGUUUGAGGCUUGGAGAGAUAAUGAGCGCGCCAGAGAUACUGAAGAGCAGCGCUUAAAUCGUCUCGAAGCUCAGGGACUUGAAGGAGGCGACGAGAAAGCGACUAUGGAGACGCUGGAACGCAAGACUGAGGAUGCGAGGGUUGAGGUUGCUGUUGCUGGUGCGUUGGAUGAGAUUAGAGCGGCGAAUGCACGGAGAGAAGGGAUGGAUGCGAAAUGUGCCGCGACUAUCCCUGCGUCAUCGAGGGAAGUUGAGGAUGCGGAAGAUGCGGAGAUUGCGAGGGCUGUUUUUAGGGGGGCGAAGAGGUGUUCACCGGACUCUGGAACGUCGGGAGAAUCGCAGAAUGUGGAGUUGUCGGCGUCUAGGCCGGCGAAGAAGGUCAAGAAGGAUUUUGCGAGGAUGUUGGGGAUUAAGAGGAAUAUUGAUGUCUAG